UCAAAAUAUAAUUUUGGGUAGGUAUUGUUAUUUUAAAAACUUGUUGCAAAAGUAUACAAAUACAAUGGCCAAUUCUAAAUCCACCGAAGAAGAGCCUUUGAGAAAGGUUUUUAACGACGCUAUGAAACUUUUUGAUAAGAUUGAAAAUGGUAAAGAAGCAACAAACAGUGAUGCUGUGCAGAUGACUAUCAAAUUGGCAAUUUCAAAGUUCGAAAAAGCAACUAACCUAGUCUCGUUAGCCGGAGUUUUUAGUAGAAACGAGUCACUGGAUGAAUUACCCACAGAUACACUCGAGUAUCUCUUGUUACCGGCUCUGUUGGGCACCUUGAACCUGAAGUUAUGUGGACAACCAAGAAAAGAUGUGAUUCAUAUUGCAGAAAUAUACUUUAGAGACUUUUUACAAAGAUGUAAAGACUAUGGUGUGACAGAUGUGGAAAUACCAAAAGCUGCAGAAGAGAAUGACGACAAACAAAGCAGUAGUAACAUACCACAAACAAAUGCAGACAAAAUAACAGCUAUGGUAUCCUCUAGAGAAGCUAAAAUAAAGAGGUAUAAACAGACGAAAGAGUUAAAGGAAAAAUUGAGCACACUGACAAAAGCCAUGGAAUCUCCCAACGCAGAUGACGAGACCAAGCGAAAUUACUUCACUACGCUGCUACUGAACUAUGUGAAUCAAGCUCUUGAUGAGCUGAACAGCAUUGAAGAGGAGAAACCUUUACUGGAGUACAUGUCUAAACAUGGUGGAGAGCCGAAGCCGAAACGUGAGAUCGCGCCGCUCAAGCCGGUGAUCAUCACGCGCGAUGCCUUACAGAAGGCGGUGUACGGACAAGGCUACCCCGCACUCCCCACUAUGACAGUGGAGGAGUUUUACGAUAAAAGAGUCAGGGAGGGAACAUUUCCGUCGGCGGCGAACAUCCCUCACACCACCAUACAAAGCAGUGAAGCGGACAGAGAUGAAGCCGACCAAAUUAGAAAGGAGCGGCUUGUAGAAGACGACGAUGAGGAGGAGCGUCAGCGGCAACGCAGCAUGGACGAGUAUAAGGACGACCACCGCCGCGGCUGGGGGAACAGGCACAACCGCAGCUGAGCGAACACCGCAGCGGCGACGGCGUUGUGUGCAUCCAUCCAUCCAAAUAUUACGUCACAAAAUUUUUAUUUUUUUAAGAAUAAGAAAAAUUUAAGAACGUUUAUUUGCAAAAUUAUGGUAUUGACAAUAAUAUGGUACAAUGUGAAAUAGCACUCGUGUUUUGUCGGAUACAUCUCGACGUGCAAAUAUUUUGAAAAAUAAAACUUUAUUUUAAU